GUAAGACUUUUGAAAAUGGCCACUGGUUACGAUGACAAUGAAGACAAUCCUUCAACGAACUCUAUCGAUGUGAGUUUUUCAAUGCACGAUUUUUCUCCAGAAGGGAAUUGACGUCAUCUACACAUUUACAUAAAGCAAUCCAAUGGCCACAAUCGGUUGCACACGUAUAAAUGGUAUGGGAAACCAACCAUUCAUAUUGACGAAAUCCAUAUGGAUGAAAUUGGUCCAAAUGGUUUGAUGACUAUUAAAGAGACAUCGUUUGCUGCUGGCGGAUUUGGUGGCAUUUAUCUUGGCUUAAUAAAUAAAAACAUGAAAGUUGCAGUUAAGAAAUCAAAAGCUAAUGUAAAGCCAGAGUAUAUUGCCAAUGCACGGUUUGAAGCUGCGCUAGCUUCGACAUUCAAUCAUGUUAAUAUUCUUCGUCUAUUAUCCGUGGUGCGUCAACCAAACGCUGCGCCAUGGUUGAUUUUUCCGUAUAUGAGCAAUGGAAGCCUUCAUAAAGUGUUGCAUUCAACUGAUGAUUGUAUGCAAGAGCAGAUACAAUCAUACGAGAUCAAAUUAAGUUUAACGAGAGACAUUGUAAAUGGGAUGGAAUUUCUACACUCAAAUCGUUGCGUACAUCGUGAUUUAACAACAAGAAAUGUCCUAAUCGAUGAAAACGUCCGAGCCAAGAUUACAGAUUUCGGACUAUCAACUUUUCUUGAUGGCCAUGGCUCGGUUUAUAGAAUGAUUCCAAAGGAAGCUGUCGUCACAGGUGAUGACUUUCUCCGUGCUGCAUUUCAAUUGUAUUUCAUCGCACCAGAAGUUCUGCCAGUUUAUCAAAAAGAGUACACGUUUGAAGCAGAUGAACCAUCGGAAACCUUUAUAGAAGCUAUGAAUGGAGGUUCAUUCGAUGAUUGGGCUCAAUUAGUAGAUGUUAAUCCACACUCUACAGGUACAGUUAUAUUAUGA